AAGUGGGCGUGGCGGCUGAGACGCAGUCUGCCCUGUUGACGUUGGGUGACGUCAAAUCUCGCCUGUGUCAGUGAGCGGCCCCGGGGUAGCGGACGGAGAGAACAUGUGACCCCGGAGAGGUGAGCUCCGCUCUGCUACAUCGUGUCAUAGUGUACGGGAUGGCUUUGUGUCAGUGCACGGUUAGGAACAGCGACUCUGACAUGGAGGGCUGCACCUUCAAUGGAGUUGGCCUCAGGGUGUUCCUGUACUGGAGCAACGGGAAGGAGCACUAUGUCAGCUUCACGCAGACCGUCACCACGGCCGAGGAGAUCUGUAUUCAUCUGGCGCAAAGGCUGGGUAUAACUCCUCUCUGCUACACAUUGUUUUCUUUGUAUGAUGUGCAAGAAAAGUAUUGGUAUCCUCCAAAUCAUGAGUUCAGGAUCACGAAGGAUAUGAAACUUCUGCUUCACUUUAGGAUGAGGUAUUAUUUCAGGAACUGGCAUGGGAUGAGUGAGAAGGAACCAGUUGUUUGUCGUAAUGUCCCAAAGACCAGUGACAGUGAGGAUAAGAGUCGUGCGGAGCAGUCUGCCGCCAUCCUGGACCUGGCAUCUUUUGAGUACCUUUUUGAGCAGGGCAAGUUUGACUUUGUGAAUGACGUGGUGUCGCUGAAAGACUUUUACACCGAGCAGGAUGUCCACAAGUUCAAGAACGAGAGCUUGGGCAUGGCGGUCCUUCACCUUUCACACAUUGCCAUCAAGAAAAAAGUCUCACUGGAAGAGGUGGCUAAACAGAUAAGCUUUAAGGAAUGCAUCCCCAAAUCCUUCUGCCGGCAGAUUCAGCAGAACAACUACCUUACCAAGUUACGCAUGAGGAGCGUCUUUAAGAAAUUUGUCCGUCAUUUCCAGCUGCACACGGUGAGCGCCGGGAAGCUGAGCGAGGACGACGUCAUGUACAAGUACCUGUCCACCCUGGAGAACCUGGCGCCCAGGUUUGGCUGCGAGGUGUUUAGGACUGUGAGCCUGGAGCUUCCUAUGGAGGGCGAGAAGCUUCCGUUUUAUAUAAAUGGGGGUUACGUGGACCACAGCGAAUCUGGGAACAAGGAGGCGACCACAACGCACCAGGUGCUGGUCAGCGGAAUGGAGGGGAUCCAGUGGAGGCAGAAGAAGGAAGAGGAGCCAACAGAAAGCAGCCACCAUAGAAAUUACUUUAGCAAGAGAAGCCGCAAAGGACAGAAGGCGGCGAAACCGGCGACCGAAACUAUUGAGCCCGUGUGGGUGCCGUUCUGUGACUUCCAGGACAUCACCCAUAUCGUCAUCAGCAAGAACCGCGUCAGCAUCAACUGCCAGGACAACCGCUGCCUGGAGAUAGUCCUGCCUUCCUAUGAAGAGGCGCUGUCCUUUGUCUCGCUGGUGGACGGAUAUUUCAGGCUCACCACGGACGCCAACCACUACCUAUGCCGUGAAGUGGCCCCUCCGCGCUUGGUGAUGAGUGUCCUCCAUGGAAUUCACGGGCCCCUACAGGAGCAGUACGUAGUCCAGAAGCUGAGGCGAGAGGAGCAGGAGGACGGUGUCUACAUCGUACGCUGGAGCGCGUUCAACUUCAACCGGCUCAUAAUGACUGUGAAGGGAGCCAGCCAGAAUAAAGGCUUCAGCUAUAGACAGUUCCGGAUAGAUAAAGUAGACAAUAUAUACACUCUGGAGCAGUGGGACCGAGGCUUUUCCAGUGUCAAGGAGUUAACAGAAAACCUGCGAGGCUGUGCACUUAGGUCCGGCCAGGAGGUCUUCCAUGUAAAGCAGUGUGUCCUGCCAAAGUCUGGAGAAGUUUCCAACUUAACCAUCUGUCGGAAAGGAAAGAACAGCAAGGAGAGCGCCUUGUCCUGCAAUCUGAACUUGAGUCAGCUCAGCUUCCACCAGAUCCGCAAAAAUGAAAUCACCCAGAAAUCCCACUUGGGUCAGGGGACCCGCACUAAUAUUUAUGAAGGGGUUCUCAAGGUGACCUGCUGCAUGGAGAACGACUUGGAUUAUGAUUACCGAGAAAUGAACAACAACUCCCAUGAUCUCCGGGUACUCCUGAAGGUGCUGGAUCCCAGUCACCAAGACAUAGCGCUGGCUUUCUUUGAAACUGCAAGUCUUAUGAGUCAGGUCUCUCAUAUCCACCUGGUGUUUGUCCAUGGAGUUUGUGUCCGGGAAUCGGAGAAUAUCAUGGUGGAGGAGUUCGUAGAACAUGGCCCACUGGAUGUUUGCUUGCGCAAGGAUAAAUCUCAGAUCUCUGCCGGGUGGAAAUUCACAGUGGCCAGGCAGCUGGCGAGCGCCCUGAGUUAUCUGGAAGAUAAACAUUUGGUGCAUGGAAAUGUCUGUGCAAAGAAUAUUCUGCUGGCCAGGAAAGGUCUGGAUGACGGAUCUUCUCCUUUUAUCAAGCUGAGUGACCCAGGCGUCUCGUUCACAGUGCUAUCCCGAGAAGAGCGGGUGGACCGGAUACCCUGGAUUGCUCCAGAGUGCGUCCGCAAUGUCUCCUCUCUAAGCACGGCUGCUGACAAAUGGAGCUUUGGGACGACGCUGCUGGAAAUAUGUUUCAAUGGGGAAGUGCCCUUAAAGGAGAGAACUGCAUCUGAGAAGGAAAGGUUUUAUGAGAAGGAGCUGGGCCUCCCUGAGCCCUCCUGCAAGGAGCUCGCGGACCUCGUCGGUCUUUGUCAUAACUACAACCCCUCAGGGAGACCGUCUUUCCGGACCAUCCUCAGAGACCUCACCCAGCUCCAGCCCCAUGAUCUCAAUGAGAUCGGCUCCAUCAGUCCAGAUUUCUCUGUCACAGACCCAACAGUGUUCCAGAAGCGAUAUCUGAAGAAGAUUCGGGAGCUGGGAGAGGGACACUUUGGAAAGGUGAGCCUGUAUUGCUAUGACCCAAAUAAUGAUGGGACCGGGGAGAUGGUGGCAGUGAAGUCCUUAAAGUCAGGCUGCAGUCAGCAGCUGGAGACCAGCUGGAAAGGAGAAAUCCGAAUCCUGAAGACUCUUUACCAUGAGAACAUUGUGAAGUAUAAAGGCUGCUGCAGUGAGCAAGGAGAUAAGAUCGUCCAGCUCAUCAUGGAGUACGUUCCUCUGGGGAGUCUGCGGGAUUACCUACCGAAACACAACGUGAGCCUGUCUCAGAUAUUACUGUAUGCCCAGCAGAUCUGUGAGGGGAUGGCAUACCUUCACUCUCAGCAUUACAUCCAUCGGGACCUGGCUGCCCGUAAUGUUCUGGUGGAGAACGAGAACGUGGUGAAGAUUGCUGAUUUUGGACUUGCCAAAGCUGUACCAGAGGGGCAUGAGUACUACCGUGUAAGAGAGGAUGGAGACAGCCCCGUGUUCUGGUAUGCUACGGAGUGUCUGAAAGAAUGCAAGUUCUUCUAUGCCUCUGAUGUGUGGUCAUUUGGGGUGACCCUGUAUGAACUUUUAAGUCGCUGUGACCCCGCUCAAAGCCCACCGACUAAAUUCAUAGAGAUGAUCGGAGUCACCCAAGGGCAGAUGACGGUGGUACGGCUGAUCGAUCUGUUGGAUCGGGGUCAGAGGCUUCCUCAUCCAAGUGAUUGUCCUCCUGAGAUCUAUAAACUGAUAAAGAACUGCUGGGAGACAGAAGCCAGUUUACGGCCAUCGUUUCCAACUCUCAUCCCUACUCUUAAAGCCUUCCACAAUAAAUACAAGGGGCAAGUUGUGUUCAGCCUCUGCUAAUGUCAUGGCCAAAGCUUUGAAUCGGUGGAGCAUGGAAUUAUUGAACCAGCGGCUGCCAUACCUGGCCUGUUACUUCUACCACAUAUGACCCUGUCAGAGCCACCUCUUUAAUGGGCAGGAUGAUGCCCUCUGUGAUGUUCGGAUCGCCGGGGCAGUGUUAACCACUCCAGGUGCAAUGCUGGGCCGAUGCACUAUAUGAUCCUCUGGUACUGUCUGGACAUGGUCCCUCCAAUCGGGGACGAGCGGACUGGACUAUAUAGUCCCUGUAUUCUCAGAACUGUGAAGCUGUGAAGUUCUUGCGCUUUCGUGACCCGUGGGGCAGGAACACUCCUGUGUUGCAUGUUGCAUGUGAAAUGCAAAAUGUAUGCAGAAAGCUAGUGCAAUAUUCCAAGUAUUUUUUAAAUAUCCGUGCAGUCGUCCCGUCCCCCCCCCCCCCUCCCCCCAGGCAAUGUGCAGCCCUUGGGCAUGCUUGGACUUUUAGUUGUACAGUAGCUGAAGCAUCUCAGGUUGCUUGACCUUGGCCUAUCCUUUCCAUAAGAAGCCUUCAAAUCUGUGAAAGACGUGUCUAGUGUUUUAACCUGUGCCUGUUCGCUGCAGAAGGGAAGAGGACCUUUCGGCGCACUAAUACUGUAUAACAAGUGAACUUGCCUUAUUAAGAUUUGCUUCUAAGGGGUUUUAAAGCCCCUGUUCAGAUGUGAAAUAUUAAACUGCUUAAGCGGAGCCUGGUAAUCUUACUGU